UUGAUAUUUUUCUUUUUCUUUAUUCUUUCUCUCGUUUUAAUUUCUAUUUGUUUUUCUUUAUAUUUAUUUCAUUUUUUUUUUCUUGUUUUUUCUCUUUCUUUCAUUUAUUUUCUCAUUCUUUCUUUAUUUAUUUGCUAUUUUCUAUUACUUUCUUUUCUUUUCCUUUUCUCAUUCUUUCUUUUAACUUCAUUUCUUUGUUUCUUUUACACUUUUCAUUCGUUAAUUUUCAAUUUCUUUCUCUAUAUUUCUCAUUUAUUUUCUAUUUCUUUCUUUUUUAUUUCCCCUUCCUUCCUUUCUUAUUCUUUUUCAUCAUUUAGCCUUGUUGUCUUUUUCCCUUUUUCUCUUCUUGUAUCUUUCUUUUUCUUUUGUAUUUUUCUUUCAUUAUACGCUAUUUCUUUUUUGUACCUUUCUAAGUCCUUCCAUAUUUUGGUCUAUUGCCAGUUUCUCUCUCUCUCCCUCUUUCCCCUCUCCCCUUCUCUCUCUUUCCUCUAUCUAUCUUCUUUCUCUCUCUCUCUCUCUCUUUUUUAUAGCAUCUUAUAUUCCCAAACACUCAAUCCGUACCGGGCUGCUGAUAAACAACCACUGUCAAAUCACUCCACCACCUCAUCACUUUUGUUUAACCGAUUCGAAACCUUUAAAAUCCCUCUAAGUUUCUAUCUAUCUAUCUAUCUAUCUAUCUAUCUAUCUAUCUAUCUAUCUAUCUAUCUAUGUCUGCUCAUUAUCUGUCUAUCUGCUUUAUCACCAUCAUCUCUUGCCAUCUAUCGAUUUAUGUUUAAUCAUCAUCAUCAACAUAAUCUUUUCUCUCCCACUCAUCAUCAUAUCUAUCUAUCUAUCUAUCUAUCUAUCUAUCUAUCUAUCUAUCUAUCUAUCUAUCUGUUUAUUCAUCAGCAGCAGCAUCUCUCCCGCGAUCUCUAUUGUUUCAUCAUCAUCAUCAUCAUCAUCAUCAUCAUCAUCAUCAUCGCUCUCUCUGUCGAUCUGUUUCAUCAUCAUCAUCAUCAUCAUCAUCAUCAUCAUCAUCAUCAUCAUCAUCAUCAUCUAUCUCUAUCUAUCUAUCUAUCUAUCUAUCUAUCUAUCUAUCUAUCUAUCGAUCUAUGCAUGAACAAUGCCUGUUGCAGAGCAAUGAUAAGAAAUUAA